AUGGCGUUAUUACAAGCAAUUCUAGAGGAAAACAAAAUUCGGAAGAAUAGAAUCUUUAGAGAUAGGCUAAAUCCAUUGGAUGCGUAUGACGACGCGGAAAUUCUUUCCCGCUAUCGAAUGACAAGACACUGUUUGAUGGAUGUCAUUGACAUGGUAAGAAAGGAUGUGUCACAUGAGACAAAAAGAUCUCAUGCCCUUACACCUGAAGAACAAACUUUUGCUGCUUUGAGGUAUUAUGCGACUGGUUCUUUCCAGCAAGUGAUUGGGGACAUUUUAGGACUCAGUCAACCCAGCGUUUCCAGAGCAGUAAAGAAUGUUUCUAAUGCACUGGUGGGAGCUGAGGACGAGGGCAGUGAGGACAUCACCCCUACAGACAGAGGACAGGACGUGGUGGAGGGUGAAGCUGUUAGAGCCAGUCUCAUCAGAGCACACUUUGUCUAA